AUGGGCCGCGGCGGUUCUGGAGGAGUGCUCCUGGUGCCCGGGUCGUCGGCCCCGGAAUGUUUUGCGGGUGCGGACCCCCCGGCCGUCUGCACGUCCUCGUCGUACCGCUCCGAGGCCGUGGGGGUGCUCCGCGGCAUGAUCGUCGCCUGGGUCGUGCGCUGCUCGCUCCCGGACCCCGGGAGGGCGCCCCUCCGGGUCUGCGGGUGGCUCGACAACCAGUCAGUGGUCCGUGUCUACGCCGACUGCGAGACACGGCUGAUCCAGACCUCUGUGGACGUCUGGGACGACAUCCGGUACUACAAGCGCGCCUUCCGGGAGGUGGGCGUGGCGUACGAGUUGGAGUGGCGCCGGGGCCACCCGGAGAAGACGAAGGGCCCGGACCCUGCGGACUGGGAUAACCUGGACCGCCUGAACCACGCGGCGGACGGCCUCGCGGACGCGCGCGUGCGCACGCUGGCGCAGAACAUCGCGUCGACCCAUCUUUCCGCGCUGCUCGGCUCCGGCGUCGCGCUGCCGAAGCCGCCCGCGCUGCCCUGGGUGGACCUCGAGGUGUCGCCGCGCUUCGACCGGCCCGUGGAGAUCUGCAUCGACUGCCCGGAGAAGGCCUGCGGCGCGCCGGGCGUCGCGCGCGUGCUCGUGCUGCUCGAGCCCGAGGAGGUGUCGCGCGCGGCGGCGGCCGCGGCGGCGCGCGGCGGCUUCGACGUCGUCCUCGGCCACGACGCGGCGGCGACGGCGGCCGCGGGCGCGCGGGCCGCGGCCUUCUUCGCCCACGGCGGCACCUGGGUGCCCGAGGCGACGUGGCGGCGUCCGCGGAGCGCGCCGAAGCGCCGCGCCGCGAGCCUCGUCUGCGGCGACAAGCGGACGACGCGCGGCCACGCGAUCCGGCGCGCGCUCUGGGCCGCGGCCGCGGGGUCCAAGGCCGUGGCGCGCUUCGCGUCGGCGCGCGCGACGACGCUGGCGAUGGACGGCGGCGCGAAGAGGAUGGGCGCGGCGCCCGAGGCCAAGGCCGCGGCCGUCGCUCCCUACGCGUUCCACGUGGCGAUCGAAAACGUGCGGCGCGACGGCUACUUCACGGAGAAGCUCCUGGACUGUUUUUUGCUGCGCACGGUGCCCAUCUACUGGGGCUGCCCGAAUCUGGCCGACUUCGGCUUCGACGCGACGGGCGUGAUCGUCGUCGACGACGGCGGCGACGUCGACGACGUCGCCGCCGCGGCGCUCCGCGCGGCCGAGGCCGCCGUCGCGACGGACGGCGACUACGCGGCGGCCAUCGAGGCGAACUACGAACGGGCCCAGGCGUUUCUGGAUCUCGAGGGCCGCCUCGAGGCCGCCGCCGCGGCCGCGCUCGCCGCGCCGCCGGCGCCGGCCGACGAGGCCGCCGUCGCGGCCGCGCUCGCCGCGCCGCCGGCGCCGGCCGACGACUGCGUCUGGCGGCCGCGGACCUGGCCCCUGCGGCUGCUCAGCGAGGCGCAGUACGCGGCCUGGGAGGCCGACGGCUACGUGUGCCUGCCCGGGGUCGUGCCGCCGGCGCUCUGCGCGGCCGCGGCCGCGGCGAUCCGCGAGUUCGUGCGCGCGGACGACGCGGACGAGGCGACCUGGUACGCGAACACGGGCGACAUCUACGACGAGUCCCUCGCGCCCCGCCUGGCCCACGGGCCCUGCGGCAUGGUCCAGAUGAGCCACCACGCGAGCCUCUGGGCCAUCCGCCAGUGCCCCGGCGUGCAUCGCGCGUUCGCGGACGUCUACGGCACGGAGGAGCUCUGGGUCACGUGCGACCGGGCCCACUUCAAGCCGCCGGAGCGCGCGGACCACCCGGCCUGGGCCGACCCGGGCGACGUCCACCGGGGCAUGCACUGGGACGUCGACGUCGGCCGGCCGCCCGUGCCCUUCUCCGUGCAGGGCGUCGUGUACCUCGAGGCGACGGACGCGUCCACGGGCGCGCUGCGCGUCGUGCCGGGCUGCCGCGGCCGCCUGGCGUCGCUGCGCGAGGCCUGGCGAUCGACGGGGGCCGACGCGCACGCGGGCGAGGCCGUCGCCGCGGAGGGCCCCGCGGGCACGCUCGUGCUCUGGCACGGCGCGACGCACCACGGCCCGGGCCGCAACGUCGGCGAGAGGCCGCGCGUGUCGGCCUACGUCGCCAUGCUCCCCGUCGACGCCGCGCCCUUCGUCGGCCCGCGGCGGCCGAGCUACCCGCUGAGCCUCAGCGACGCGGGCACGCUCGCGUACGACGCCGACCCGGACUCCGCGACGCGGCUCGACCGCGGCGCCCGCGCGGCCAAGUGGCGCGGCCGGGCGCCGCUCCUCGUCGAGGACCCGGCGGAGGCCGACCUCGACCGCCGGCCCCCGGGCGAGGCCGACGGCGCGCCGUUCCCCGGGCUCACGGCGCUCGGCCGGAAGCUCGCGGGGCUCGACGCGUGGGACGGCGGCGCCUAA